CGGGGUCUGGCGAGCGGGCGGGCGUACAGGCGCAGCUCGGGCAGCUCUGCUCGGGUCCUAGGGCGGCCGGCGCCUAGCGGAGCCAAGAUGGCGGCACCCUUGUGGCGGGGCGCGCUGCACGGAUUUCCCAAAUGGCGGGGCUUGAGCACUUCGGCCGUCCUGAGUCGCCGGGCUGCCCCCCUGGGGCCGAUGCCCAACGAGGACAUCGACGUGAGUAACCUGGAUAAGCUGGAGAAGUACCGGAGCUUCAGCCGCUACCGGCGCCGGGCGGAGGAGGAGGCGCGGGCCCCGCACUGGUGGCGGACCUACCGAGAGUAUUUCUUGGAGAAGUCAGAUUCCAAAGACAAGAUUGAUAUUGGACUGCCUCCUCCUAAGGUGAACCGAACUCAGCAGCUGCUGGAAAGGAAACAGAUUCUUCGAGAGCUGCAAAGCAAUGCAGAGGUGGAACGGGCUGCCCGCCUCCGCACAGCACAAAUCCCUCUGGAAGCUGUGCGGGCAGAGUGGGAGCGGACCUGCGGCCCCUAUCACAAACAACGUGUGGCUGAGUACUAUGGCCUCUACCGAGAUUUGUUCCAAGGUGCCACCUUUGUGCCCCGUGUCCCCCUGCAUGUGUCCUACGCAGUGGGAGAGGAAGACUUGAUGCCUGUGUACUACGGCAACGAGGUCACACCGACAGAGGCUGCCCAAGCUCCAGAGGUGACAUAUGAAGCAGAGGAUGGAUCUCUGUGGACACUGCUGCUCACCAAUCUGGAUGGACACCUGCUGGAACCCGAGGCUGAAUACAUCCACUGGCUGGUAACCAACAUCCCAGGCAACAGGGUGACCGAAGGACAAGAGACGUGUCACUACCUCCGCCCCUUCCCUGCCCAGGGCUCUGGAUUCCAUCGCUUUGCCUUCUUGCUCUUCAAGCAGGACAAGCUGAUUGACUUCUCUGAGGAUACCCGGCCCUCACCCUGCUACCAGCUUGCGCAGCGGACCUUCCACACUUUUGAUUUCUAUAAGAAACACCAGGAUACCAUGACUCCAGCGGGCCUGGCCUUCUUCCAGUGCCGCUGGGAUGACUCGGUCACCCAGGUCUUCCACCAGCUACUGGACAUGAGGGAGCCUGUGUUUGAAUUUGUGCGGCCUCCCCCAUACCACCCCAAGCAGAAGCGUUUUCCCCACGGGCAGCCCCUGCGCUACCUCGACCGGUACCGGGACAGUCAUGAGCCCACCUAUGGGAUCUACUGAGGGCCACCUAGCUCAGGACAGGCUAGGCCUCUCGAGCCACCCUGUCAGACAGACUUCACCGCUGGAGCACCUGAAGACCGAGUUGGGGUGAUGUGCCCGGCUCGAGGCAGUCCCUCCACCACCCUGCCAGCAGGCACAUGGCUUGGGAGUGAAGAGGACUCUGCUGGUGAUGGCACGGGUGGGGGCUGGGGGAGGAGUGUAAAGAAAGCUGAUUCUGCUGAAGCGGGUCUGGGCCUGUGUCCUGGGAGCAGCCAGUCCCCCUGGUGGGGUUGUGUUACUUGACGAGUAGGAAGGGGGCCCCGCCAUACACAUGUCUGCACACCUACACCUCCCGAGGGUGCCGGGGUCCUGUGAUCUAGCGGAUGAAGACAAGUACAGGAGAAAAGGGGAGUGGGCGAGAUAGCAAGUGGUUAUGCAAAGAAACUCAUGCCUGAAACCCCAAGGUCCCAGGUUCAAUCCCCUACACCUCCAUAAGCCAGAGCUGAGCAGAGCUUUGGAUAGGAGAAGGGGGGGGGGGUGUUUGGCGGUGUCCUUGAUUGAAUAUACAGAUUAACAAUGCACAAGGACCCAGGUUCUAGCCCCCGUCCCCAUUUGCAGGGGGAAUGCUUUUCAAAUGGUAAAGCAGUGCUGCAGGUGUGUGUGUCUCUCUCCCCUCUAUCUGUCUUUUCCUUCUUGGUUUCUGGCGGUCUCUAUUCAAUAAAG